UUCUGGUCGGCAGACAUGGCUCAAGGUAAAUUGAAGUUAAAGCCUUCAUCUGGUCCAGGUAGAGCUGCUAAGAAGGCGCACGCUUCCAAGAAAGCUGCCCCAAGAAUCAUCAAGCCCAAGAGAACUCAGGCCAAGGACGCCCUGAAGUUGACUAAGAUCCACCAGGGUCAGUUGAUGUCAUCCACCGAAAAGUUGAUUGCCAGCAGAGUUGGACACUUGGAAAUCAUCAAGGGCUCAAGAAGACAGGUUGAGAAGGCUGCCAAGGAACAGGCUAAAAAGAAGUAAAUCGUGGGUGGUUUUUAUGACAACUAAAAUGUCCUUAUCGAACAUUCUCUCGUCGUUUCCCUCAAAACUGGUACAAGUGCCUGAAGUGCCUGCACAGGUCCCGAAAUACCUCGAAGAGGACCAGGUGGAAAAGAAGCCGUUCAAAGGCGAACUCACGCGUGCUGUUCCCGAAUUGAUAGCGUUGGAACCUGAUUUGGUCCGUGAAGAAGAAAGGAAACAGCGCAAACUCCGAAGGGUACAGUAGUGUAUAUUGAACAGUAUUCUCACUUUGGACAAGCUUCCAAUCUGAGGAGUAUUAUAGUACGAUUUAAGAUUACUAGUUGGAAAUUUAUGUAUAUUAGUGAAUUUUUGAAUUAUUUUCAUUUUCUUGGCUUAUUUGCAGAGGAUUUUAGUAUUGUUGGUACCAGUCGACUAAUAUCCCCACCUGAGUGAAGAUUGUAAGAUCUAGUAGAACAUGCAAGCUGAGAAUAAAUAUAGUCUGGAUCAAAU